AUGUCUAUGAGAAGCAUCAACUGCAAUUGCAAUUGCAAUUGGAACGGUGGUUUAUUCCCUUUUCGAAUAAAAAAUAGUGGUGGCUUCGGAGGAGGAGGAGAGCAAGCUGCACCGCGUUUAACUUCACAAGUCAAUUCCCAAGACAUUGACUUUCAACAACGCCUCAACGCUAUUAAAAGGUCAGCACUUGAACAAAAGAAAGCACAAGAUAAAAAACAAUUUGGAGCAAUUGACUAUGAUUCACCUAUUUCUAUUUCUGAGUCAGACAAUAAAACAAUUUCCUUUGCUACCAAGGUUGGAAUAGGUGUAGCUGUUCCAGUCUUUGCUCUCGUUUUUGCUCUUGGAGAUUUUCUCCCAUCAGGAAGUCCCAACGAAGACAACAUUGCUUUGGUCAAUGAUAAAUUGUCAGACAUGGAUAAAACUGCUCUUCAGAGUAGGCUUAAGGAAUUUGAAGCAACAUUAAGCAACUCCCCAAGAGAUCCAACUGCUCUCGAAGGAGCUGCAGUAACUUUGGCAGAACUAGGAGAGUAUGCAAGAGCUGCUUCUCUACUUGAUGAUUUGACAAAGGAAAAACCAAAUGAUGCUGAUGCUUUUCGUUUGCUUGGAGAAGUAAAGUAUGAACUCAAAGAUUAUGAAGGGAGUAUUGCUGCAUAUAAAAGUUCAGCAAAGGUAUCUGAAGAUAUCAAAUUUGAAGUUCUACGUGGCCUUACCAAUUCAUUACUUGCUGCCAAGAAGCCAGACGAGGCUGUUCAAUUACUUUUGGCCUGUCGUGAGCGUCUGAGUUCAGAAGAUUUAAGCAAAAAAACUGAUAGCAGCCCAACAGACUCGCAGAAGCUGGAUCCAAUUCAAGUUGAAUUACUUCUAGGGAAAGCCUAUUCAGAUUGGGGCCAUGUCGGUGAUGCCAUAGCUAUUUAUGAUCAGCUCAUAUCAACUCACCCUGAUGAUUUUCGUGGAUAUUUGGCCAAGGGAAUCAUCCUCAAAGAAAACAAAAACAUUGGAGAUGCUGAGAGGAUGUUCAUUCAAGCUAGGUUCUUUGCACCAGAUAAAGCUAAAGCACUCGUGGACCGUUAUUCAAGAUAA